AUGGUCGCCGACAAGCUCCAUACGGCCGCCCUUGGUCAUUGCCACAAGGCAACCGUCCUGGGCAACACGAUCGCGAUCCAUAUGCUCGAGUACCUGGAUAGCACAACAACCACCUCUCCUCAAGACGUCAACCAACUAGCCCACGUCUUCUUGGAAGUAUGCCGUAUUAUGUGGUCCAUCGAAGUCGGACUUACACAAUACUCGAGGAAUAAACAGACCCUGCCACCUGACAUGGUAGGGGAGUUCGACAAGAAGUUCCAGACGACACAUAACGACUUUCAGAUUCUGGACAAUUGGCUGUCGAAGUCACUGCAUCAGAGCAAAGGUAGCAAGAUAUCAAGAGGUUGGCGGAGGAUGUUUGCGGACAACGAGGUCGGAAAGAUGACCGAGGCACUCGUGAGAACGAAGGAAACUCUAAGGAUGAGCGCACUGGUCUUCCAGUGGACUGUUGGCGAGGCAAAGAUUAAAGAACAAGUUGGCAUUGGCUAUACUGCUCUUGCUGCAGCUCUGGACCAGAUGGAUGGAGCAGCUUCUGUGGCCAGCAUGUCGAAGAUGAACUUGGCACAACCACACGUGAAGGAAGUACACGACGGUCAACUACGGCCGGCCACACUACGACCACUGGUACGACAGAUAUCCUCAAACACCCUUUCGCCAAACCCCUUUUCGCCUACCGGCUAUCCCCCUCGGAAUGAUAGCUACGCACAAUCAGGUCUUUCCGACCCAGCGGCCGCAGAGAGCUGGGCGGAUCUGAGGGAGAUGAUUGCCAGCAGCAGAGUGACCACGCCUUCGAACCACUCGGUCUCGACCCGGAGCAUCAUCACAAGUCCACCAACAACAGCACCAACCGACAUUUUGGUGGACCCAAGGACAAUCAGCCUGGCCGAAUUCUCCAAUUUCAGUAUCGACGACGACGCGUCCGCCUUGACUCUCGAUUCCAAACCAGUCAAGGCUGUUCGGCUAAGCGCGGAUCCAGGAAAGAUGCCUCGAUGGUCUCCACGGGACACACACGGGGCUGAAGCUCCCGCUCUGAGACACAGCCUUCUGACGGCUAUCCAAGACCGCAACAGCACGAUGGUUGAGCAGCUGCUUGACCGUGGCGUAUCUCCCGAGAUAGGCCCAGACAACCACGUUCCCCUGAAAGACGCCAUCGCCCAGCGCGACCCUGAAACUGUGAGACUGUUGCUGCUCUUCGGCGCAGAACCAACAACACCAGACCGGGAUGGUGUAACACCCUUAUUUGCGGCAGUCGAGCAGUCGCUGGUGGAUAUAGCCGCGACCUUGCUAAAGUACGGUGCUGAUCCCAACUUCACCUCGUCGUCGAACCACGAGAGUCCCUUCGGAGUUGCCAUAAUCAAGGAGCACCCACAGCUCAUUCGUCUUCUCCUCAUGUAUGGCGCAAAUGGCAACGCAACCUUGGUUGAUGGCGAGACGGUCUUGACCAAGACCAUCAGCAAGACGUGCAACAAGCUACUCGUCGAUCUCAUCCUCGAGUACGGAGCAGACGCCAAUAAGAAGACCAACGAAGGCAAAACGCCGCUGUUUGAGGCCAUCACUUCAGGGCGCCCCGACAUUGUCACUUCUCUGCUCGACCACAAGGCAGACCCGAACUUGCCGGGUCCCAAGCACAUGCUCUGGCCAGCAACGUACCAACCGCCUUGCCUAAAAAUCCUUCUGGCCCGCGGGGCGGACCACAAGAAGACACCCGGCAUCAUGGAACUGGCGACGUCCAUUAACAAGAUUGAGUCCGUCCGCAUGCUCCUUAAGGCCGGCGUGAACCCGAACGCGAAGAAGGACGGCGUCUACACCCCUCUGUGCACAUCCAUCCGCGACGACCACGCCGAUAUCUUCCAACUACUGCUCGCCAACGGCGCCGACCCCAACGUGUGCUCGGCCGAGUUCCCGGCUUUCAAGUGCGUGACGCACUUCCGACCGCAGUACCUGGCGCCGCUCGUCGCUGCUGGCGCCAACCUCAACUCGCCCAAGGGUAUCAUUGAGACGGCAGUGGCUUUCGACAACAUGGAGGCUCUCAAGUGGCUUCUGGAGCAGGGCGUAUCGCCGAAUGAUAAAGUGCCCAAGACCAAUGCGACAGGACUGACGACGGCGAUCCGCGAGAACAAGCCGGAAAUGGUGGGCUUCCUGCUCUCCCACGGGGCGAACCCAAACAUCCGCGGCGAAGACUGGCCGAUUUGCAUGGCGGUACAGCACCCCACCGUCCUCCAGCGCCUCCUACCCGCGCUCUCGCAGCCGCGAGCCUUCAAGGGCGUCGUGGAGCUGGCAUGUCGGUCGAAUCAGCUCGAGAGCGUGAAGCUCCUCCUAGCCGCCGGCGUCAGCGUCGAGGACCGCAACGGCGGCGUCUUCUCGCCGCUCACCACGGCGAUCCGCGAGCGCCACAAGGACAUAGUGCACUAUCUGGUCGAGGAGGCAGGUGCGGACCCCAACGCGCCGGGCGAGCACCUGCCCCUCAUCAAGGCGCUGCGGCGCUACGAGGAGGGCGACACCGAGGUCAUCGAGCUGCUGCUCGCCAAGGGCGCGGACCCGAACAAGGUGUACCGCGGUUAUAAUGCCGUGUUCCAGGCGAUCGAGAUGGGCGACGCGCGCAUCCUGGCCAUGCUGGUCGAGAAGUGGGGGGUCGACCUCACGGCCGUUGACGAUUCCGACCGCACGCCCGUUGGGGUCGCGGAGUCGCGGGGCUGGGAUGAGGGCAUCGAGAUCUUGCAAAAGGCCAAGAAGGCCGUUGCGUGA